CCCCAUGUAUACAGAACCAAAAUUGCGUCAAUUUUUAUUUUGUACUCACCCAAAAUAUUUGUCAUUCUUGCAUGAAUUUUUACUGGUUAUUAUAAAAAUAAAUUUGAAAAAAUCAUACAUUCAAAGUUUAUAGUUAGACUUAUCAUCAAUCUUAUCUAUGUCUUUUAUAAAACCGGAACAACCGGUUCGAAAACGUCGUCGAACAUUAAAUAAAAUAAAUUCUGACCGAGAACAGUUACCAUUACGAGAAUUAUUGUUCUACAAUCCACCAGAGACUGUAUUUCAGAAAGAGAAUCGUGAAUUACAUGAAGAACAGCAGAAUGAGACAUCGAUUGCAUCUCCAAAGACACCAUCAUCUCCAUCGAUCAAACGUCGAACAUCUUCGAGUCGUUCCAGUUCAAUUAGUUCAGAUCAAAGUAGCAACAAGGAUAAAGUUAUCGAUGAUAUUCAACAGUUGAAUAUACCGAUUGCUGAUAUGCCGAUUGCUGAUCAAUCAGUGGACAAACAAGAGAUUACAUCAAGUAGCAGUAGUACUCAUUCGGAAAAGAUUGACAUUCCAUCCAACACCGAUGGCAUGUUGACUAUCGAUGAAAAAGGCAACAUUGUUGUCAAUAAAUCAGAUUCACAAACCAAUUUGCAGAAUGAUAAACCAGUAAUGAAAUUAAAAUCAUCUACUACUUACAAUUCAUUCCGUCGACAUGAACGUCCACGAAGUAUUUGGAGCACCGAAGAAACAUCAUCAUUCUAUACAGCGUUAGAAAUUGUGGGCACUGAUUUCAGUUUAAUGAAGGCCGUUUUCUACAAAGAAAGUGAUCGUGAUCGUAAACAAUUGAAACAGAAAUUUAAACGUGAAGAAAAAAAUAACCGUGAUUAUGUUGAUAAAAUAUUGUAUAAAUCAUUACGAAAUCGUUCAAAACUUAAGCCAAUCGACGAUGUAGGGAAUGUUGAAAAUGUUGCUAAAAAACAUGAUAAUGAUUGCGCAUCAUCAUCUGAUGCUGAAACAGAAAUUGUCGAUGUGACUGUCACUGAAAUUUGAUUUGAUUUUUUAUAUUUAUAAUACUAUAUUAUUAUAUUAAUUUAAUCGUUUCGAAUAUUAGUAUAGUAUCUUAUAUAUUCUUUUAAACUCUGAUAAUAACCAAACUUAAUAUAAUCAAAAAAUUUUUCUCACAAUUAAAAUUUACGGUAACGCCACCUAUGGGCCAUUUUCCAA